GAGAGAGCGAGCGAGCGAGCGAGAGACAAAAUAAGGUCGCUUUUGGAAAUAACAACGGCCACUUCAGUCACUGCUGGGGGGGUUUUAAUCCGUCUCUUUCGGAUUACAAGUCGAAGACACCGACUCGAGAGGAACCGAGAGAGAGAAGGUGGCGGUCUGGCAAAGAGGUGCCUUGCUGAUUGUUGUGGGGGACUGAAGUCGACCUCGGCAGCCGCUCAUCAGUUCAUGUAAUGGAAAAUGCUUUGCCUGCUCUGCCCUGCAGCUGCAGCACGUCAACGUGAGCGGCGGCAGUAAUUCGCUUCAAGCCUUGAGCCAUUAAACCCCAGGGACUACAUUUAACGGUGGAUGCUUUUAAAUGCAGCCUUUCCUGUCAAGAAGGCUGCCUGAGUAUGACCGGGAUAUUUAAAACGCUGCGUUGGAGCCUGACGUCAAGGAAAUAAAUGGGAAAAGUUGGAAAACGAACUCCCACUGCUGUCAUCUUUAAACUCUGAGAUCUGUCAGCAGGUCCACUGCAGUUCAAUUACUUACUUAGUAGUUACUGUGGAAUAAGCCUUACCUUUAAUAACUGGAUACUAAGCUUGGAGUCACUUGGCAGUUGAGUCCCAGAUGUAGACUCACUCCGAAGCCCUUGUGGCAUGAUGGAUCAAGUUGUCCGAAGCCGGCCUGAACAGUGUUAACCCACCAGGCUCCGGCAGCCUGGAGCCCAGUGACCUGCACCCCUGUGCAUCCGGAUAUGUUCUAGAGAUGGAUAUUUUAACCACUUCUACUGUUUGAGUAUCUGCAUCAGCUGACCUAGAGAAGGACACUUCAGAGUCUCACAACUUUAACAGUGCAGUUCUGUCACCUUCUUGUUUGACAUUUCCUUAUACAGUUUUGCUUUCGACCUCAUUCAAGACCCAACUGCUUGCUUCCCAGUAUUCGUUGCGGUUCUACACAGUGAAAAACGUGUUUAAAGACUGCAAGAUCUUGUAAUUACUUUCAUUUUCUAAUUCCGAACUACACAUGCCUUACCCAAACACCUGAUUACUUCAGCAAACACUAAGAUGAAUUCAUAUAACUGUGCAUUCAAAUAGCCACGCCCAUCCACAAUCCUUUUCACAAUGGCCCAGACCAGUUUACUGCAGGGCAAGCGCUUCUAUUGCCGGGAAUGGGUUUUCCACAAGAUCCAGCAUUGCCUUCAGGAGAAGACCAACAACCUUGUGGCUGGUACAUCCGGCACCCUGGGAGGCUCCAGUGGACCCCCAAACACUGGGGGUGGACCCUCAUCUGGGACAGGGAAGUCAGGUUCCUGGGGGGUCCUGCUGGUUGGAGGCCCAGGCAGUGGUAAAACAGCACUGUGCACGGAGCUCAUUUGGCCCAGCGCUCCGCAAGGCGCCCACCGGGGCCUCCACCAGCUCUGCUUGGCUUUCCACUUCUGCCGGGCUGAGGACGCAGAUACAGUGUGCUUGAGCGGGUUUGUGCGGGGGCUGGUGGCACAGAUCCGUGGAGGUGGGCUCGUCCCGCAGUAUGAGGAGAAGAUCCGUGACCCUGUUGUCCAAAGUGCCCUGCAGCCUGGAGAGUGCGAGAGGAACCCCAGCGAAGCUUUUAAAAGGUGUGUGCUGUUGCCGCUGCUUAGCUGUAAGCCCCCCGCUCAGGCCUUGUUUCUGCUGGUGGACUCUGUGGAUGAGGGGGUGAAGGCUGGGGAUGGAGAAUCCAGGUCCAGCUCGUCCAGCCCCCGGAGCAUCGGAGAGCUGCUGGCCGCCCACCAUGAGCUCCUACCACCCUGGCUCCUGCUCAUCUGCUCUGGACGCAGACAGAACAAGAACAUCACCAAGCUCUUUACGGGUUUCCGCAAGAUCAGUCUGGAUGACCUGCGCAAGGCAUACAUUGUUAAGGAUGUUCAGCAAUACAUCCUCCACAGGCUGGACCAGGAGGAGGCACUACGGCAGCACCUCACCAAGGAGACUGCAGAAAUGCUGAACCAACUCCACAUAAAGAGUAGUGGAUGCUUCUUGUACCUAGAGCGCGUCCUCGAUGGCGUGGUUGAGAAUUUUAUCAUGCUCCGUGAGAUCCGUGACAUCCCAGGGACACUGAAUGGACUCUACCUGUGGCUCUGCCAAAGACUGUUUGUCAGGAAACAAUUUGCCAAAGUGCAGCCCAUCCUUAAUGUAAUUCUGGCUGCCUGCAGGCCUCUGACAGUGAAGGAGCUUUACCAUGCUGUCUGGACUAAAAACAUGACCCUGACCAUGGAGGAGUUUCAGAAAAAGAUGGAUAUCCUCUCAAAGUUACUUGUGGAUGGACUUGGAGGUACUAAGAUGCUCUUUCACUACAGUUUUGCUGAGUGGCUUCUGGACGUUAAGCACUGCACUCAGAAAUAUUUGUGCAAUGCUGCCGAAGGCCACCGAAUGAUGGCCAUGAGCUACACUUGUAGAGCCAAACAGCUCAAACCUCUGGAGGUGCAGGAAUUUGCCCUUCACUUGAUUAACUCCAACCUCCAAAUAGAACCCUUUAACUUGGCCUUGUGGAUGGUGUGGAAUGGCACACCUGCAAAAGACUCCCUUUCCACAUCCAUACCCAAAGAACAAGAGGUCUUGCAACUGCUGGUCAAAGCCGGAGCCCAUAUCAGCAAUGAGGAUGAUCAUGCUUCGUGCAUUGUACAGCAAGCACUGGAACGAGAGGAUUCCAUUCGCACUUUGCUGGAUAAUGGGGCCUCUGUCAACCAAAGUGACUCCAGUGGACGAACCCUGCUAGCUAAUGCUGCAUACAGUGGCAACCUAGAUGUAGUGAAUCUGCUCAUCUCUAGGGGAGCCAACAUGGAGCUUGAGGACAACCACGGGCAGACACCCCUCACACUUGCUGCUAGGCAAGGCCACACCAAGGUCGUCAACUGCCUGAUCGGCUGCGAUGCUAACAUCAACCACACAGAUCAUGAUGGAUGGACUGCCUUAAGGUCUGCAGCUUGGGGCGGUCACUCUGAAGUGGUCUCAGCUCUCCUCUAUGCAGGUGCCAAGGUUGACUGUGCAGAUGCAGACAGUAGAACUGCCCUUAGGGCAGCUGCAUGGGGAGGUCAUGAGGAUAUUGUCCUUAACCUCCUCCAGCAUGGUGCAGAGGUCAACAAGGCAGACAAUGAAGGAAGGACUGCACUCAUUGCUGCAGCCUACAUGGGGCACCGAGAAAUUGUCGAGCACCUGCUGGACCAUGGCGCUGAGGUAAACCAUGAGGAUGUCGAUGGAAGGACUGCACUGUCCGUUGCAGCUCUUUGUGUGCCUGCUAGCAAAGGUCAUGCUUCAGUGGUGAGCCUCCUUAUUGACCGUGGAGCUGAAGUGGACCACUGUGAUAAAGAUUGCAUGACCCCUCUUCUGGUUGCUGCCUAUGAAGGACACGUGGAUGUGGUGGACUUGCUUCUAGAAGGAGGAGCAGAUGUUGACCACACGGACAAUAAUGGGCGAACUCCCCUGCUUGCUGCAGCAUCCAUGGGACAUGCUUCUGUGGUCAAUACGUUACUUUUCUGGGGUGCUGCUGUGGACAGUAUUGAUAGUGAAGGAAGGACAGUGCUUAGCAUUGCAUCCGCUCAAGGGAAUGUGGAAGUGGUCAGAACUCUGCUGGACAGGGGCCUGGAUGAGAACCACAGAGAUGAUGCGGGCUGGACACCCUUACACAUGGCUGCGUUUGAGGGACACAGGCAGGUGUGUGAUGCCCUCCUUGAGCAAGGUGCUCGAUGCUCAGAGGUGGACAACGAUGGACGAAUACCCUUGAUCCUAGCUGCUCAAGAGGGUCAUUAUGAUUGCGUACACAUCCUUCUUGAGAACAAAUCUUGCAUUGAUCAGAGAGGGUAUGAUGGGAGAAAUUCUCUAAGGGUGGCAGCCCUGGAAGGACACAGAGAUAUUGUUGAACUGUUGCUGAGCCAUGGUGCUGACAUAGACUACAAGGAUGCAGAUGGCCGCCCAACUUUGUACAUACUGGCACUUGAAAAUCAGCUAGCCAUGGCAGAGUAUUUCUUAGAGAAUGGAGCGAAUGUAGAGGCAAGUGAUACAGAAGGCAGAACAGCGCUCCAUGUUUCAUGUUGGCAGGGCCACGUGGAAAUGGUGAGGUUGCUGAUCAGCUACCAUGCAGAUGUAAACUCUUGUGACAAUGAAAAGCGAUCUGCACUUCAGUCUGCCGCGUGGCAAGGCCACUCGAAAGUCGUCCAGUUCUUGAUUGACAAUGGCACUCAUGUUGACCACACAUGUAAUCAAGGUGCCACUGCACUUGGCAUUGCUGCUCAGGAAGGGCACAUUGAUGUCGUCAGGAUUCUACUAGAACACGGUGCAGAUCCUAAUCAUGCAGACCAGUUUGGCCGUACAGCCAUGAGAGUUGCAGCAAAAGGAGGACACUCAAUGAUUAUCAAACUCUUAGAGAAAUAUGGUGCCACAAGUCUCAAUGGGUGCAAUCCUUCACCUAUACACACCAUGGAGCAGAAAACUCCACUGUCAGUCACAGGAAAGAUGCAGUCACUCACUAUCAAAUCCAGCAGUUCCGGCAGCACGGGAGCAGGAGAUAUUCAGUCAACAGGUCGAGGUUUAUCAAACGGACCUGUUCACGCUUUCAGCUCUCCUUCAGAGUCGCCAGAUUCCACAGUGGACAGACAGAAGUCCUCGCUCUCCAACAACUCCCUCAAAAGCUCAAAGAACUCUUCACUGAGGACAACUUCAUCCACCUCAACAGCCCAGACAGUACCCAUAGACAGUUUCCAUGGGCUUAGCUUUACAGAACAGAUCCAGCAACACUCUCUGCCUCGCAGUCGCAGCAGGCAAUCUAUAGUCUCUCCUUCUUCGACAACCAAAUCCAUUGGCCCGCAGCCUGGAUCUCCUACCAGUGAAUUUGACUGGAGUCAGGUGAAACCAGGGCUAAAGUCUUCUAAAGGAGGAAAGAGUGGGAAUGGGACAAACAAUAGUUCAAAAAAGGAAGGGGUUGGAGACAAGAAGAAAUCAAAGAACAGUAAUGCUCCUCCACAGAGUCAGGUUUUGGAGUAUGAGAUGACUCAGUUUGAUAAAAGGAUUGCUCUCAACAAGCCAGUGUCAAACAUUGCAGUAAAGGAUCCACACUGUAAGAUAGUGUUGGGAGGCUCAAACCCUCUCGAUUCUGGCCAGUCACAGGAGGCGUUUUACAUCCAACAGCAGAGUUGUGCAGAGAAGAAGAGAAAUGGGAUCAUGACCAACCCCAACUACCACCUGCAGGGAAAUCAAGUCUUUUUAGGGAGAGUCUCAGUCCCCAGAACUGUGACCAACAGGGGACAUCAGGAAGUUCUUGACAGUUAUCCAAUAGGGGAGACAGAAUUAAGCCUUAAACAAGCUCUGAAACUGCAGAUUGAAGGAUCAGACCCUGGGUUUAACUACAAAAAAGAGACGCCAUUAUAACUGGCAUCUUGAACUGAAUCCAUCAUCCUGACGUUAUGGAGAAUGUGCCAAAGCAACUAUUUUCAUCCGCAAAAAGAUCUGGGCUUGUAUGUAUGAAUUUUCUCAGACCAGUAGUGCUUGAUCUAGGAUCUAGCUUUUCGUGUCCCAACACAGUUGAAUACAGUUAAAUAUAACAUAAAUACAGUUAGACCUCCAGAGAGGAACUGCUCGUAGAUCAGCACAUACAUUCUGAACAUUAUACAUACGCUCCCAGAAGUCAUUGCUCCACCGCCCUAAGUGGAACUCCUCAGAGGAAAUAAAAAGAACGAGGGAGGGGAAAAAAGUGAAAACCCAAGGGAAGAAUGUCGACUGCAGCAGAAAGGCUAAUAUGAACUGAAUAUCUAUGUGCCUACCGAUGUUACAGCCUACUCAUAUUCAUGCACACCGUCAUUUUAAUUUAAUGUAUUGAUAUUUAAUAUGCAGUGUAUGCACUUUUUAUUUUGAAUAAGAGAAAACAAAUCCAAAUCACUUGUGUUCACUUUCUUUUUUUCUUAUUUUUGGUGCUUGUUUUAGGUUUUAUUUUUUAAAAUCAAAGUAAUUAUUCAAAAUGUACAUUUCGUGUUUAUGAUUGUUUCAGCGUCCAUGUGUUAAUUCGCUGCCUGUAUAAAAUGUGCAAAUAGGACAGCAGUGUAACAGUCAAGUAUGUUGCUCUCUUUUCUGGAGAAGAAAAAAAAAAACAAUAAUAUCCGGGGGAAAAAAAAAGCAACAAUCCACUACAUCUCUCUUCUGAGUCUCGUGAACAUUCACUGAAAGAUCCCAACUUCUGUCAGCCUUCAAAGUAGAAAGCAUAUUCAGCAGCAUCAGUAACCGUGUAACGUCAAUAGCAGCCACAAGUUACUCCUUUUCAGUGUAAUCAACCAUAUUUAUUUUGGAAAAAAAGCCACUUUCAGUUGUAUUUUAUGCUGUAUCAUGGUGCUGUGUGCAGAUUUUUGCCUGCCAUUCUGGUUAUUUUUCACCUCCGUUGCCUACAUCGUAUGACAGUCUUAUUUUAACUUCAUAUCGUGUGUAUUGUAGUAUUAUUGGUGCCCUGAGGGAAGGGGCUUCUUUGACCCCACCUCACUUUUUUAUUUAGUCCCUGUGGGACUCAAUUUUUUUUUUAAAUCCAUUUAUUGUUGUGUUUAAUUAUUUACAUACAUAUUUAAACACGUGAUGGUGUAUCAUUAACAGAGAUUGGUGCUAUAUGCAAAAAAAGUUCUCAAUGAUUUAAGUGCAUUUCGAAAAAAAAAAACAUUUGUAAAUUGACUGUGGGUGAGUUUCUCAAGAUGCAUAUUAAGCUUAAUCUUGAACUGAGCUCUAUUUUCAGUCUAGGAUGAACCUUUUUGUGCGGUGAAAACCCACCCUAUGUUUCAGUGCACGAAGGCUUGCGGCUCUACUCUGCAAAAAAACAUAUCUUGCAAGUGAAAGCAAUUAUCUUACUGCACUGGCAGGUAUUAUUUAUUUAUUUUUAUUUUUUUUUAAGUAUUAUUUCUUGAUGACAUCAAAAAUAACUUCACAAAGUUUCGCAUAAAAUAAGUCAAAUGUUUAGAAAUACGUUGGAACCGUUUUAUAAGAUCUAUACAGUCUCACAAUGAAAAAUUGAUACUGCAUACAUUUAAGAAGCUUUCACUUGGCAAGAUAUACUUUUUUACAGUAUCCUUAUAUUAUAGUAUAUUAAGAUAUAUCAGCAAUGAAAGAGCUGUCAUGGCAAAGUCUUCACAAGUGUAACCCUAUAUAAUGUCUAUCUCUAAUGUCUAUCUGUAGACAUCAGAUGCAAGUAAUAAUUAGGUUUCAGGGCAUAAGUAUAAAAUGUAUAAUUGUCAAGCCAAAGUUGAAAUGGUUGGUGAGGGCUCAGUAAAAACAAUUGCACACUGCAAAAAAGGAAAGCAUCUUAAAUGUAGGCAAUUAUCUAUCUAUCUAGAUAGAUAGAUAGAUAAAUCGAUAGAUGAACAGACAGACAGACAGACAGACAGACAGACAGACAGAUAGAUAGAUAGAUAGAUAGAUAGAUAGAUAGAUAGAUAGAUAGAUAGAUAUACACACACUCCAGUUCAAAUGUUUGGAAUUAUUUGUUUCACUUCUACAAUAUCCAGGACUUAUUUAUACAGUGCGUACAUUUCAAAAUUAUAAGUUUGACACCAGAAAGCAAUUAAAUGUUUUAAAAGUUUUAAUUAUAAAUAACACUGUAAUAUGUAAUGUGCAUAACAUAUAGUCACAUCUGCAUUGCAAAGAUAUCAUCCCCCCCCCCUCCAAAUGUGUAUCAUUCUGAAUGUUUACUUUAUUAUAGCCUCAAUUUCAACAUUAUAUAGCUUUCUUUGUUAUUAUGGAAUCUAUUACAACUCAUUUAUCAUUCUGGAAUUCUGGACACAUCUUUACAGACAACUGUAAAGUAAACAAGUAGUGUUACAAUCAUUUUAUAACUGCAUCGUCAACAUAUUACUGAGUGAACAGUGAUUCCAUACACUGGUAUUUGCAAAAUGUUAAAUAGCCCCUGAUUAAAUGACAUAUUUUGCUGAUUUUCCAAGUGAAAAUAAGUUAACACGUCCACUUUUCUAUACAUUUUAAUUGUAAACAUAAAAUGUAAGCUGUGCCAUAACGUUUGCACACAUUUUCUCAUUUUUCCAUUAUGUUAGAGUUGAAUAAAUAGUAAUUGCACCUUGUGUACUUGUAUUAAAAUGAUCUGACCAUGCAGUUAGAAAGUCUCACUGGAUAAGAUCAUCGUAAUCAUAAUAUUACUUUAACAAUCUCAUAAUGAGAAAGAUUUAUUGCCUACAUUUGGAGGAUAUCGUCUUUUGCAGUGUAGCAGAAAACGGUGGAGGAGGGGUCGUGGAUGCUGUCGAGGGAUUUUAGACAUCUGUUCCCGAGUAGGCAAAGGAGUGAAUCUGUACAAGCUGAUUGUGUGUAGUGAUCCAUUUUGUGCUGCUGGCAGUGAAAAGAAGAGUGAAAUAAAAAGAAAGGCCUUUCAGUACAAAAAAAAAAACAGGCCUUACAAAGACUAGUGAAAGCUCAGGAUGUCUUAACAAGAGCUCUCUUUUGAACAGAGAAUGAGAGAGUGAGAGAGAGAGAGAGAGAGAGAGAGAGAGAGAGAGAGAGAGAGCCUUUGAAAAUGAAUUCUGGACAGUAUUCAGAAAAGUCAAGCCAUCUGUUGACCUGCCAUGUUGCUUUUUUUUUUUUUUUUUGUCACCACUCUGCAUGUCGUCUGUCUGUCUCUGUAAUACCUACGCCUUGGGAUUCAUUGAGAGAAAUUUGAGAGAGGUUUGAUUGUAAAUAGCUUACCAUGUACAUUUAAACCUCACAUUUUUAAUGUUUUGGUUUGUUUCUUGUAUUAUAUUAAGACAAAUUUUUUUUGUUUUGUUUUUCUGACAUAUUAAAAUGCUUAAUAAACAUAUUUGCUUUA